ACAGCUGAUAUGCAGCGCGUGCGCGCUCCCGCGGCGGCCAUUCAAUGUUUAGUAAACCUUCACUUUAUGGCACAACACCGGAGGCAGAGAGUCCGGGGUUUCACCAACUAAAACCCUUUACUGCAGGUUUACCAACGAGGACUGAGCAGGCUCCCUGCUGUCCUGUGGUCCACCAUGGCUCAGAACCAGGUGAUCCUGCAGUUCCGCUUCGCCACAUUUGGGGACUCCAUGUUGCAGAAGAUGAACCUUCUUCGCCAUCAGAGGCGCUUCUGCGACGUCACUGUGAGCAUCAACCAGCUGGAGGUUCCUGGUCACAAGGUUGUAUUUGCAGCUGGAUCGUCCUUCUUGAGAGACCAGUUCAUCCUUCAGCAGGACUCGAAGGAGGUUCAGAUCUCCAUGAUACAGGCGGGAGAAGUUGGCCGCCAGCUGCUGCUGUCUUGCUACACAGGCCAGCUGGAGUUUCCUGAGCUGGAGCUGGUACAUUACCUGACAGUGGCCAGCUUUCUCCAAAUGGGUCACAUAGUGGAGCAGUGCACCCAGGCUUUGAGCAAGUUCAUAAAACCUCAGGCUUCACGCCAGCUGCAGAUGGAUGUGGACAUGAGAAGGGAGAAGAAGGAUGAAGCUCUGUCUUCCCACGCACAGAGAGAUCAUGAGCGCUCUCAGGUUCGAACUGCCCCUGAGGUAGAGGAGGAGGAGGUGGAGGAGGAAGAGGAUGAUGAGGAGGCGGGAUUGGGUCAGACUGAUCAAAUCAACAUUGGUGACAGUGAUGAUGAUGUCAUAAUGGAGCCCAAAAGCCCUGUCCAAAUUCUGAGGAGGCAUCCAAGGUCGAAUAUGACGGAUAGUGACAUCACCAUAGUGAAGGUGGAGUCUGUGAGUGACGUAGCAGAAAACUCCAUCAGCGGUCACUUCUCUGCCACCCCUCCUGCUGCCCUCCACUCCCCUGAACCCCAGCACUCACUCAUCAACUCCACCGUGGACAGCCGUGGUAGUGAGGUGGCGGCUCCCGCAGGUGUGGCUGGAUACCCCCUCAGCCCCCCGCCUCCCUCUCCUCCACCAGAGAAACACAGCGGACAUCAGAGGAACUAUGACAAACCUUUGCAGUGGUACCAUCAGUGCCCCAAGUGUGCACGGGUCUUCCGCCAGCUGGAGAACUACGCCAACCACCUCAAGAUGCACAAGCUGUUCAUGUGCCUCCUCUGCGGCAAGACCUUCACCCAGAAGGGCAACCUGCACCGACACAUGCGGGUGCACGCCGGCAUCAAACCCUUCCAGUGUAAAAUCUGCGGCAAGACUUUCACCCAGAAGUGCUCGUUGCUGGAUCACCUAAACCUGCACAGCGGGGAUAAGCCGCACCGAUGUAACUACUGUGAAAUGGUGUUUGCUCACAAGCCAGUGCUGCGCAAGCACCUCAAACAGAUCCAUGGCAAGAACAGCUUUGAUAAUGCAAAUGAGGGCAACCUACAUGAGGGGGGGCUUGACUUUGAUUUUGGACGAAUAUUAAAUCCCUGAACGGUUCCAUUUUUAAACCUUUGUGUUUGAGAUGAGAAGAGUUAUCAGAUGAUCAGACGAGUGAAGUUCAGUCUUUCUCUUCCUGCUGGCUUCAGAUGGACACAACGAAGAUUUCCAGAUCUGCACUCGACUGUAGCUCUGUUACUGUGGACGCUUGUCUCUUGUGUACAGUGUGGAUGCCUUCAUGUCAUACUUGAAAUUCAACAUUGAAAUGCAAAACCUUUUGACUGAAGACCCGUUACAUUUACUAGUUCAUUAAUCACCCUGGUUAAGCCUGGGUCAUGCGUCUGCGUCAGUGCGGAGACGCGCAGCGGCAUUAUCCGUCCUUGCGGGCCUGCUGGAGAGCCCUCCAAAACAUAAAGAGAGCCGAGGAUAACUAGCAGCAGACACGGAGACGCUUGAAGAAUACCUCGUGAAAAAACUCGAAAAAUAUGAACGUAUAAUUGCCCCGUGACUGGAGGAGUGAAAAGAUACGCAGCAAGCGUUUUAUUUGUGGAUGGAAAUGAAACGUGGGUUUAGAGGUGGUGAGUGCAUGAAGAGGUGGAGGAGGAUGAGAGACAAAUUAGUCUGUGUUAAAAAGUCUCUUAUAUACAAAAAACACAAUAUAAACACACUAUCUUGGACCGAUACAUGCCCUCUGUUGUCCUGCCGGGCAAUUGCUUUGCAACACUCUCCAGGAGACGGAGAAGCAUGAGGGCAAAGUGUCUCCGUCCGUGCGUGUGUGUCUCUCCCUGUUGGAGCUGACGUAGAAGCAUGAAUCAGGCUUUAGUGUUGGCCCUUCUGAAGUGUGUGUGUGUGUGUGUGUGUGUGUGUGUGUGUGUGUGUGUGUGUGUGUGUGUGUGUGUGUGUGUGUGUGUGUGUGUGUGUGUGUGUGUGUGUGUGUGUGUGUGUGUGUGUGUGUGUGUGAGAUCAGCUGUAGCCUUUUAUUAAUCAUGUAGAUUCAACAACAGGAACUCCUCACACUCAAAAGAGAGCUGAAGAAAAGUGGGAACAAAUAUUUCACCGAAGGCAUUUUAUUGUUGGGACAAAUGGAAAUUCCGUGUGUGUGUGUGGGAACUGUUUUAUAUUGACUUUAUAUCUGAGGUACAAACGGACCAAAAUAACACGUGUCUGUCUUGUGUUUGUGGAUUUUAAUGUGCUCAAUAAACUUAACUAAAUACUCUUGAA